CGAUGUUACUGAUUUUAAAAAAGCGGUUUUAAUCUAUUAAACCAUUUGCACGUAUUAACAGCGAGAAACAACUACAAUGCAAACAUUCAAUCUAACGGGCCGGAGUGUUAUCUGUCUUAUUUUGAAAAACAGUGACCGGAAGCUGCGCUCUCCUUCUUCUCCGCACUCUGCGCAGUAGAGCCGUUGAUCCGAGCGGCGGCCGUCACCACGCACGGGCUCCAUUCCCCCCCGAAAGCACCCGCGAACAGCAGCCAUGGCGUCCGAAGAGCUGGCGAAGAAGCUCCAGUCGCGGCUUGCCGCUACGCAGGAGGCCGAGCCGCGGGCCGAGCCGCGGGCCGAGCCCGGACCGCAGGAGGCCGAGGCGGCGUCCUCCUCCUCCGCCGAGCUGUCCGCCGUGCUGACCCGCCGUCAGGACAUCAACGACGGGAACGCGGCCUCGCGACCGACCCGCGUCUUCAACCCCUACACGGAGUUCAAGGAGUUCUCCCGCAAGCAGAUCAAGGACAUGGAGGCCAUGUUCAAGCGGUACGACACUGGUAGAGACGGCUUCAUCGACCUGAUGGAGCUGAAGCUGAUGAUGGAGAAGCUUGGCGCUCCUCAGACUCACCUGGGCCUGAAGAACAUGAUCAAAGAGGUGGACGAGGACUUCGACGGCAAGCUGAGCUACAGGAGAGGUGAGAGUCAGACCGGAUUCCUGCUGAUCUUCCGGAGGGCGGCGGCUGGGGAGCUGCAGGAGGAGAGCGGUCUGAUGGCGCUCGCCAGGCUGUCGGAGAUCAACGUGUCCACCGAGGGGGUCAUGGGGGCCAAGGACUUCUUUGAGGCUAAGGUUCAGGCUCUGUCUCUGGGCAGCAAGUUCGAGGCCGAGAUCCAGGAGGAAAAAGAGGAGCGCAAGAGACAGGAAGUGGAUAAGAAACAGAGGCAAGCCGCCUUCAAGCAGCUGCAGUCGGCCUUCUGCUCCUGACCCCCCCUGCCCCCCUGCCCACCUGCCCACCUGCCCACCCGCCCCGGCAGCCCGUCGGCACCAAGCGCUUCUCAUCCCUCUGGCUCACAGGAGCAAAACGACAAAGUAAAUACGCACUAAAAUACUUGAAAAUACCUCGUAGGGGAAAAAACGCGCGUCAUAUCGUGAAGUAUCGUCGAUUCCUCGUGGUUCAUUUCUGUGUAACAAACUGGAAGUUUUUAUCUCGAGUUGAGCCUUUUUGUUAGUCACGCGAUCUCCUGAUCGUCGCCUUGGUGACGCCCGAUAGAUAAUAUAUACGUCAUAACAAGUAACAAGUUUAAUCCUUAUGCAACACGUUUGUGAAUAGUUUACAGCUUGAAACCGUCCGGACCACAUUGAUGAAGAUUUGAUCCAAAAACGUUCUGAAAUCAACAUGACCAGAUUUUCACUACAGAAGGUUUACGUUUGAAAGGUUUUAUUUCAAGGAGCAGUUCUGGUUCAUUGGCUUCAUCUCCGGGGGAAACGAGAGCGAUAGCGGUACGCAGCUGGUUAGCGUAGCCUAGCUUCACAUAAAGACCUGGAGUCUUGUUGAUUCCAUCCGUGCAACAAACAAGCAGUUAAAACGACAGCACUUUUUCUCUGGAACGCCGAAAAGCGUUUUAAUAUCGACGGUUCCAAAGCACAGAACUCCCCCUGACUUACCUUCACCCUUCUGCUACCGCACGGAGGGAAUAAACCGCGCUCAGGUCCUCGUGCUAAGCUAGGCUAACUGCACCCAGACCGCUGCUGACUUUGUCUCAGACAGAAAGCCAAUGAAGUCGUUUUUCUUAAAUGUUACGUGUGUGUGUGUGUGUGUGUGUGUGUGUGUGUGUGUGUGUGUGUGUGUGUGUGUGUGUGUGUGUGUGUGUGUGUGUGUGUGUGUGUGUGUGAUAAGUGUUCUCGGUCUGAUGAGUUUGUCUUGUGAGUUUUGAGUCUGGUGUAGUUUUAAAUAAGCGGUUUUCACUAGCAUGCAAAGCGCGCGCCGGUCGAGUGUCACUGUAGAUCUUCUCAUGUGUAGCUUAAGAUCAAUGUUAGAAAAUCUACUGAACCCAGAACGAGCAGCUGAAGUUAUGCAGUCAAAGUUUAUCUGUCAUUUAUUAGACUCUUUGCAGGGUUUCACACUGUGACAUAAUACUAGAUAUUUGUUUUAGUCUGUAGUGUGUUUCUAAAGGGUCCUCCAGUGAUUCAUGUUGCACAUUCGUAAAGUCAAGGAUCCAAAGACGUCCUUAAAUACUGGAACAACAUUCCCCAUAAUGCAACGCCUGCUAUCCUCUUUGAUGAUUCUCUUCCUGAGAAAAAGGGCGAGCACUGACCUUUGACCCGGCGUGGUGACAGUGUUACAGACGCACAGUCGACCCAGUGAUGUCAUGGGGGAACUAAAGAUUAACUAAACAUUACCACGGCAUUUGUUUUGGACUUCGAGUUGUUUACGGAUAAAACUAAUAUCUUAAUCUCAGAAGAGAUUUUUUUUCUCAAAGUAUUGAACUAUUUCUUUCCAAUAUGUAUUUUAGCCGUUAGCCUCGUGUCGACCCAUUCCACUCGCGUCAUUCCUCACCUUAGUUGCAACAAACAUACAAAACCCUCUGAUGUGUGAAGCCUAGAAAAUGUGUAACGCCGACCCGUCGGACUCUUUGUUUUAUUCAACAUGAACGUGUUUAAUUUGUUGGACGUUUUAAGUUGUCAUUUAACAGGAACUACUGUGUGUCGCAAACCUUCCUUGGUAUCUGUUGUGCAAAACUGACAAUGUAUUUUUUCAUGAAUAAAUUAGUAUAUAUAUUGUUAAUUGUCUUAGAGACUUAUAAGUUGCCAAAUAUGAAAAAAAUAAAGGUCAUUGAGAUAUUUUUGGGGCACUUGUAAAGCUAUUGUCUUGUAGCCAGAAUUAAAGUAUGACUUGAUUGCAAUAAAGGAUAAAUUCAACUGAUAUUAACCUCUGAAUAUGAAUAAAGACUGAAUAUGUGUUACUCUUAAAA